AUGACGACAAAAGCCGCCAACUACAUCGAGCAGCUCGACAAUGCCCGCUGCCGAGGCGACUGGCCUGCCGUCCCCGAGCUCGUCCGCAAAGUGCGCAAGCAUGCUCCCCAGCGAGAAUGCCUCACCCUGACCGCCGAGACCGAAUGUGCCAUCUCCAGCGCCACUACCGGCGCCGAGCGUCCCUCGAUCGCCGCCAUUGUCGAGAAGCUCAACGUCGAUGCCACGAUACCCAAGCUGCACGCCGCGAUUGAGGGCGAAAAGGUCAACAGGCAGGAUGCCUUCCAGGCUCGCGUCUGUGUCGGCUGGAUGUACUGGGUCGUCACCGAGUACACCCUCGCUCUCGACCAUCUUCCCAGUGGCCUCGCCGAAGCUGGCCAGGACGGCCGCGACUCCCUGACCGAGUGGACCAGCGUCUGUGCCAUGAAGUCUGCCUACCUCAGAGCCAAUUGCCUCAUGCGCGACAGCCAACAACGCCAGUCAGCUCUUGCCGCCUUCCAGUCCGGCCUGCCCUCGCUCAACCGCGUCUGGGGUGGCCAGCCUGUUCACUCCCAGCUGAAAUACUGGUCGGAGCUCUACCUCACUGAAUACUGCGUCUUGACUAGUGAAUCGAUUCGUCAAGGGGACGCCACAUUCGACCAGCAGAAUUCCAUUUCCUGCUUCCGCGCCUGGGCUCGAUACUGGGAGGCCAUGGCCGCACCAGUCACAGGUGGCUUUGGCUUCAAGGGCUCCGCCACAUCCGUCCCUCGACGAGCCAUAUGGAGCGAAUACUAUCAGGGACUCUCCAAGCAUCUUCUAAACGACGACGCAUUCCCUCCUGCCAAUUUUGGCAAUGUCUCUGCCGACACGCCUGCUCGAACCCAAUUGCGAAUGGAGCUCAAGCGCGUCGAGGCUUCCUACGAAAGGCUGCUCCUAUCCGAGACAACGUUUCCUCGAGCUGACGAACAUCGCACCGAGGUGGAAAUGUUUAUCAAGCAGGUCAUGGACAAUUGGACCAUUCUCUGUGGUCGUGGCUGGAGCGAAAAGGAUCUUGGCCAGGCUGGCCGCGCCGGCAUCAGCCGCGGCGUCCUCGACACCUUGUACAGUGCUGCAACCAAAACCUACCACUCCACACUCAUUCUCCGAUCACUAUUCACUGUUCACGUCUCCGUUGCCGAGUUUGAUCUCGCAUUCAAGGCUCUAGACUCCUACCUCGAAAUCGUCAGCAAGGGCAAAGCCCGAAUUGCCAAGACCGGCAUUCCGGAGCCUAACUUGGACAGCGAUGCUACGGUUUUGGAAACAAUGUCCCAAGCCAUCAUGACGCUUUGUCUCUACGGCCACCACAAGUCUGCAGAGAAGGCGCGCCGCCUCGGCGCUGAGCUUGAAGAUUGGCUUGCCAGGCUACCUCAGAACCAGCCUACUGGCGAAUCCAGUAGCUAUGUUCCACCCCGCGUCAUCGCUCUCGCUUGGCAGGCUAUCGGCUUGUCCCAUGCCCAUUGGUCUCGCUCAACCUACGAAGCAGCGUCCCGGACCGAGAUUCAGUCCAAAGCUAUUCGAUGCCUGCGCAAGUCGCUGUCCUCCGAAUAUGGUCGCUCAAAAGAUACCCGCAGCAUUUUUGCCCUAGGUGUGCUCCUUGCGGAACGAAAGGAGCUCUCCACUGCCGUCGAAAUUAUCCGAUCCACGCUCAUGUCUGCCAAACGUGAUGAAAGCGGCAUCAACGAUGAGCUCUACAGUGGCCCUUAUUGGCAAGAGAGAUCGCUUAUUCCCAUGUGGCAUCUUUUGGCCCUAUUGCUCAGCGCGCGCCAGGACUACGUCAUGGCCAGUAGAGCUUGCGAUGGCGCUGUUGAACAAUUCAAGGAUCCUUCUCUCCUCUUUGGAAAGACGGAAGGCUUCAAGAGCGAGCAUCUCAACGACUCAGAAGUCAAAAGUGUCUCAACAACAGAGGUACAAGGAGGAUUGGUAGAUGAGAUGGACGACUUGGAGAAGGAAGCGUUGCUCGAAGUGAAGAUGACGCAAUUGUCUCUCGUUGAGCUCCAGGAUGGACCUAAUGCAGCGGUCAAUGCGAGCUAUGAGCUUCUGACUCUAUUCACUCGUCUAUUCGGCAACGUUUCAAACCCGCCAGCUGCGCAAUCGCGGUCCGAUGCGAGUUCCAAGAUUGGGUCGGGCCGCAACAGUUUGCGUGGCAGCAUCUUUAGUUCCAAGGAGAAAUCGGGAGCGUUGUCAAGGCAGUCGGAUGAGGCUCCGGGCGACAGAGGAACUGCACUCCCUAUUCGGCCGCCUACCUCUCAGACGGUGGCACCCUCCAUCCAAGUGACAGACGAGACACCGCGACCACCAACCUCCCGUCGCACUAGCACUGGCCCAGGAGAUCCUCCCCGCCGCAACAGUCUCAAGAAGAGAAAUCGCAGCCAGACCAGAGGGCAAACACCCACGAACGGCACUCUGUCUCACCAAAGCAGCCAUGUCGACGCUGAACCCUUCUUCAUGCCCACCUCCGACGGCAGUCAGCCCGACGUGCCAAGAGGCCCACCUGUCGCCCUGGCCUCUUCGCUUCUCACUCGCGAGAAGACGGUUUCCUCAAUCACCUCUCGUGGCUCGAUCAUGUCGAAAGGCACAGAGUUUUCAGAUCUUUCAUUGGAAAUGACACAUGUGCCAUCACAUCUGUUGCCGUUGGUGCAGUUUUCCAAGGACAAGGAGCGGGGCAGACGCACAGCUAUCCUGGUCAAGGUCUGGACAAUGAUUGCGGGCUUUUACCGCCGGGCAAGCAUGCUGGACGAGUGCAAAGCGGCCAUUGCAGAGGCACAGAAACUUGUGCAGGGUUUAGAAACUGAGGCGACGCGCGAUCCCUCGGUCACUGGAGCCGCAAAGUCCACUGUCUGGGCGGAAAAGAAGAGUAUUGAAGCUCUUUGGGGCGAUAUUUUCUCAGAGCUUGGCUCUCUCUCGCUCGCCAGAGGCAGACCCUUCGAGGCAAGAGCCGAAUUUGAGAACGCUCUCACACAUUGCCCCGACCACCCCGCUGCAACAAUUGGCCUGUCGAAUAUUCUUCUCGACAUCUACAGCGAGACGCUGCUGCCCGAACCCGCCAUUCCAGCACUGGCCAACAGUGAAAUUGCGUCCGACCCAGCCAGCGUUGCUCUCUACGAGCACAGUCGCAAGACUGCCGCCGCAGGUGCGAGCACGCUGCCCUUCUUGGCGCUCGGUUUAGGGCCGUCAGCAGCCAUCGACGACGACGAACCGGCUCUAGCGCCGGGUGUCCAGUCGACCGCCGUCUUCAACCGCGCCCAAGACAGCAGCGACAACCUUCCCGCACCGUACAAGACGACAAGCCUGCCGCUUUCCGACCGUCUGGCGGCUCGCGAUCGCGCUUACACGCUCCUCUCUGGGCUGACGAGACUGGGCACGGCGUGGGACUCGUCGGAGGCGUGGUUCGCCCUGGCGCGCGCCUACGAGGAGAGCGGACAGCCCGACAAGGCCAAAGAGGUUCUCUGGUGGUGCGUGGAACUGGAAGAAUCGAGCGGCGUGCGUAGUUGGCGCAACAUUGCUGCUGGCGGCUACAUAGUCUAA